AGAGAGCAAUUCCACUUAAACUUAUUUGUAUCUUUCUGAAUAGAGAUAGAGUGAGACAAUGGGUGCUAGUACUUCUUCACCAACCCAGAGAUUUUCGCUGAACAGCCUACGUUCCAGGAAGCCACAUACACCUGGCGUCGAGGAGUACGAGAUUUCUCCUUACAAAGUUAGUCCCUUAAUUGUGGAAAUGAAGAAAAAGAACCAGUGGAAAUCUCGGUUCAAUGCUCUCAAAGACACAGACAAGCUGCUGGUGAUCGAGUUCACGGCCAAAUGGUGUGGACCAUGUAAAUCACUUGAGGCGAAGCUUGAAGAAUUAGCGGCCAAGUACACUAAUGUUGAGUUCGUGAAGAUUGAUGUCGAUGUGCUAAAGAGCGUGUGGAAGGAGUACAACCUUCAUGCUUUGCCUACGGUUGUAUUCAUGAAGAGAGGUCAAGAAGUAGACAGAGUUGUUGGUCUGAAGCUUGAUGAGAUAGAGGGAAAGCUCCACAAAUACGCAUACUCCUUUUGAAAAACAAGAAGCUUUAAGAAUCAAUGUCUUAUUAAUCCGUUGAGAGUUCUCAAAAUCUGUGUAACGAAGAACUGAAAGAAGAUAUUUCUUUUUAUUAAUAUUCAAUAAUAAUGUCACGUCGUGAGAUUUGUAGAGAAAUACUGAUUCUAUCUAUGACAUCUGUGAAGAUGAUAUACUAUUAGUUUAUCACAUCGAAUUAAAACUAAACUAAAUAAAAUAACAAAAUUAAUCGUAUUUUAAACUAAUUAUAACUCAAAAAUAAUUAUUGUUCAAUUUAGAGAUAUUGUGCAGUCCAAUAUAUUAAAAGUAAUAACUGAGUCGAUCAAAUUAUUUUACUUGAAAUUACAAUACUAAAUAGGAUAAAAUAUAAAUUAUUUAAAAUAAUUUGAAAUUUAAGACUAUUUAGCCUUGUAUUAUGCCGCUUAGUGUGUAGAGUAAUUAUAAUCAAGUAUGUUUAGGUUGACGAUAAAAAACAUAGAUUUUAAUAAUCAACUUAGAGAUAUUAUUGCAAUCCAGUAUAUUAAAAAGUACUAACUGAAUUGAUCACAUUGUUUUACGUGAAAUUACAAUACUGAAUAAGAUAAAUUAUAAAUUAUUUAAAAUAAUAUGAAAUUUAAGAUUAUGUGUCUUUGUAUUAUGUAUUUCCAAUUUAGUCCGUAGAGUUAUAAUCGAGUAUGUUUAAGUGGAUGGCAAAAAAACAUGAAUUUUAGUAAUUAAUAUACAAAAUAUAUAUAUAUAUAUUUAUUUUUUUUCUUACGUAAUCCUGAAUCUAUUAACAAUUUUUGUUUCCUAUUUUUUCCAAAGAACAUGUAUCAAAUUAUACAAAAAUUUAAUAUAAUAUAUAUAUAUACAGAUAUAUAUUUACAAUUCCAAAAGGACGAAUCAAACUAAAUGAAAUCUAAUAACGAUUCUAGUUUUAAAUUAAUUAGAGCUAGGUUAUUUUGGUUCAAUUUAAAAUAUAUGCAGUUCUAUAUACCAAAAAAAUGAAAAAAAUUAACUGAUCCAAACUAUUAUACAUGAAUACAUAUAUAAUUAGAAUAAAUGAAAUUUAACAUAAUAUUUUAUUAAUUUUCAUAUAUAUAUAUAUAAAUUAAAAAUGAUUUCAAGGUUAUAAACCAAUAAAGUGUUUUUAGUUAAUAUUUUGAAUUAUUUUUAUAAAAUUUAUAUCGAUGCAUACAUGAGCACAGAAGAAAAAAACACCUAGUAUAAAAUAUAUUAAAAGUAGUAUUUUAUUUUUUGUGAAAAAUAUAUAGAUUUUUAUAGUUUUUAAAUAAUUUCUAUAACUUUAUUUUUCGGUAAAUAUUGUUUGUAUUUUUUUUGUAUGAUUCAUUUUUUAGUUAUUUGGUUUUUUCCUAGCUUAUUAUUUAUAUUUUUCAUGUUAUAAUUUACUCGUUGUUAUUUCCAGUGAAAUUUAAUUUAUCCAUGUUAUCUUGAAAAAAGGAUUAACUAAUUAGAAAAUAAAGAUACAUUUAUAAUUGUAUUAUUUAAUAUUUAUUUUUUGAAAUGCUACUAAUUAAAAUUUUAUUUAUUUUAUGUUUAUGCUAUAAUAUUUUAUAAUAAUAAAUUUAUAUUAUUUUAAUAUUUGUUCUUGGCUGAUGAGAUAUCGAUGUUGGAAAACUCCAAUAUAUUAGAACAUCCAUAAUUGGGGUUCUCAACAAAAUUAAGUUACUUAAUUUCGGUUAGAUUUUUCGUAGUUUUAAAAAUCUGCAAUAUAUAUAUAUAUAUAUAUAUAUAUAUAUGUAUGUUUUUUUUUUUUUUUGAACACAUAUAUAUAUAUGUAUGUAUAUUAAGAAAUUUUUGUUGAAAACCUCUGUUGGGGAUGCUCUAAUACCGUUAGAAUUCAAGAAUAUGAAAUUCAAAAUAUGUUUAAAUCAAGCAAAGAAUCUAUCAUGUUUGUUAGCGCUCUAGGAUAACAAAUCCAGAACAUGUUUAAAUUGAGCGUCGAAUCUAUUAUGGUUACAUAGUGCCUGCCUCCGUGCCAUACAUCAUUCAUUUAACCUUUUUUAAGAAAACCUUGUAUGCUUUACACCUUUUAAUAUUAAAUAAGAAAUCCAACGGAGAGCUUUAACCCAAAUAAACUAGAUCAAAAUAUAGGCUAAGAGGGGAAUCAUAUAUUCUGGAGAUUUAGAAUUCUCCUUUCACAAGUUGGAGUAAAAAUGGUCAAAUACUUCAGACGCGUCUCUUAUUACGAGGAAAAAAACUGAAAAUUUCAAAGAUUUUUUUUUCUCUUUAACGGCAAUGAAGUUUGUCAGUAUAGAUAUUAGAUAGACAUAUUUUCCAAGUUUAAAAAAAAAUGAUUAGAUACAUUUUAUUUUCCUUUUUUGUCAUCAUACAUUUUAUUUUCCUAAAUUUAUAAAACCAAAUCUAUUCCUAAUUUAUUUUGGUCUCCAAACACUUUUCAAUAUAUCAUAUAAUUGCAAUUUAUUCAAUGUAUUUUUAGUACAGGUGACAACAUUUAAAUGGAUUAGCAAAAUUGGCAAGCGUCUUUAUAAUUUAGUUAGGGCUGGGGAAAAAAUCUGAAUCCGAAGAGCCAAACCGAAACCGAUCUGAAAAAGUAGUACCAAACUCGAACUGAAAUUAAUUAAAUAUCCGAACGGAUUUUAAAUUUUCAUAUUUAGAGAACUGAAACCGAACCCGUCCCGAACUGAAAUAUUAUAUCCAAAAUAGAUUUAUAUACCUAAAUAUAUUAAUUAUUUUUAGAUUUAAUGUAUAUUAAAAUAUCAAAAAUAUAAAAUACUUUAAGCUGUACAAAGUAAUUGAAAAUAUAUACGAAUAGUCAAAAUUAAAUAU